CUAUAUUCGCCGACCAUCAAAAGUAUGACGGGGUUGGAUCAGAAGAGCACCCUAAAUAAGGAGCCAGUGGUCGCGUUGGUGACAACUGAAUUUGUACCAUGGUGUACCAAAAGAUUUGCAGAACCCAUCUUAGAUGUCAUCCAAGGAAGAGCUGGCGAUGGUUUAACUGAUCGUUUAGCAACAUACGCAGUGCCAAGCGACUGGGCUCUACACAAAGAAGAGGGUUUGCAGCAGAAGUCAAGGCAGGAAAUUCGAAUCAUCAACGAACGAAGGGCUUUUGAUGGUCGUUCAGUGACUGCAAGAGGCGAUGUUACGAGUACGAGCUUGGCCUGGAGUCAAAUUAGGCCUCAUUUAUACAGUUGUGAUGGCCAAGGUGUUACUGUUUGGCGAUGUACAUCUGACAAAUUAAACGAAGUUCGGAAAUUUCGUUUGCGGAAAGAUAAUGCUUUAAUCGAAGACGAAGUUACCGAUUUGUUUGUUAUAAACGAAAUGACCCGUGAACUACUGAUGACCUGCAGUGAGGAUGGACUGAUGAGGAUUUGGGAUCCCGGUUAUUCGAUACAUUCGUAUGAAUUUGAAGAUGAACACCGAAUGAUAACUGCCGCUUAUCUUUUGAGGGACACGCAAUUAACUACGCCUGCCGAGAAGCGUAUUUCUUCAGUUUACAGUUGGAACCAGAAACGUGGCCUACUGGCCAUAGCUGGUAAUGUGAAAGUUUGUGGACUGUGGGAUAUGCAUGCAGAAAAAUGUAUCCAGGAAAUUCAAAUUGGUGCCAAGAAUUGUGCUGUUACUAGGCUCAGUAUCGACAAUUCGAGCAACGAACUUCUUGCACUGGGUAUCACUGGCUGUCAAUCAAUUUCAACUAGAUUAAGCGACGGUCUGGUUAACAUGUAUGAUCCACGACUGCCACCGAGAUCUCGGCGUACGAUGUCACUGCGGGAGCUGGAAGGGCCUGUUGUUGGAUUGUCGCUUUUCUCAAAUGUUCCCGGUCAGUCAUCUGAAGGAGUUUUGAGGCUUGUUGCUGGUGCUAGAAAUGGCGAGAUACACUUGUGGGAACCAAGAAUGUUCAAGGAGCCAGUAGCGAGUUUCAAUGCAUGUAACGCAACAAAAGGCCGAAAACUGACAUGUAUGGAAGUGCACACUCAUGGCCAGUUCAUUGGCUGUGUGGACGAUGGAAGCGCAGUUCGACUCUUCGAUAUCCGAGGUAAUCAGUUAAGCGAGCUUCAUCAGGAUGAAUGGCUGCCUGGUGGCCGCACCGGAAAUCUGGUCUCAAUGCGCUUUCAUCAGUUGCUUGUCUCGUUUGCUCUUUCCACUCAGGCUCACACUAUCACUGUCUAUCGAAUGCCGGAUUUGUAA